AUGUUUAUUUUAACAUAAUUUCUUCUUGUAUUUUCUCAGGAAAUUACUUGGACUAAUUACUCCUUUGCUUUUCCAUAAUUCAUACCAUUAAUUGCAGAUAAAACUGUUUUUUCAAGAACUUUUGAAGAUUUUGGAUAGAUAUUGUACACAAAUAUUUCAUUAAUAUUAGAAAUAUAUCAAUAGAAUAUAAUGGAGAUUAUGAAGAAUCAAUCUGUAAUUUUGAAUAUUAAUCUAUUGUUUUUCGUAAACAUCCAGAAACUUUGAUUGCUCUUAUUAAUGAUAUGCAGUAUGUUGAUAUUGAUAAUUUGAAAACAGAAGAUAUUGAGUAGGGAUUUUCAGAAGAAAUAAUUUCAUAUACUAUAAAGAAUAGGGAUGUGAUUCUAUUAGAGAAAAAUGGUACAAUUUAUCAUUUAUAAUAUAAUGUUGUCCCUAAACUUGCAAAUUAUACGACUCAUUAAUUAUAAAUUAUUUAAGAUGGCUAUGAAAACUAAAUUGUAUUAGCAGAUAAUGAUUCAUAUUAUUAUGUUGAUCAACACUAACUUAUAUAAUUUACUAUUAAAAAUGACACUUUAGAAUAAUUUAAAAUUCUUAAUUGGAAAAAAGUAAAUGGUCAUUUCAAAUUUUUUGUAAGGGAAUAACUAUUUUAUUUAAUAAAUGGUAAUUAAGGCUUAACUGUUUAUAAAGUGUUAAAUAAUGUUUUAAUAAAGAUAAAUGAAUAUGAUAUUGAAGUAAAUAAAGAUAAUAUAAUUUAGAUUUUUUCUAAAAGCUUUAGUAAUACUAAACUAAAUUUAGUAGAUUAUGCUUUAGAAGAUGAUUUUUUAUAUUUAUUAGAUUAAGAAAACGGAGUAUAUCGUUUAAAUGUUACAUCUAUGAAUCUUGAUAGAAAAUUCUUUAUUGCAUAAAAAGGAUGUAAAGUGAUAUCAGUAAGAAAUAAAUAAAUAAUUUUAAUCUAAUAAAAUCAAUUAUUUUCAGAAGUAUAUGAAGGUAGAAUUAUAGAUGAUGGUUGGGUAAUAAUUAGAAUGAGAACAAUUUCUAAAUUAAUUAUAAGAAAUAUAUAUUAAUUUAAUAAUUUUGCUCUAUUAAUUAGUAAUCCAACAAAUAAUGUAUAUUAGAAGAGUUUAAUAGAUAGUUUAACUGAUCCUUCUCUUAUAAAAGGGUAAUUAAUUAAAGUAUUAUUAAAGAGAUAAUUUUUAUUAAAUGGAAUUGUUGGGUGUGAGUGAGUUAGAUGAAAACUUUGUAAUUGGUAUUUAUAGAUAUGGUGUUGCAAUAUAUUUUAAAUAAGAAAGAUCAGCUUAAAUAACAUGUUAAGCUAGAUUGAGUUAAUAAAAUAGAGUCACAGUAAAUGUAAUAUUUAUGUAUUAGAUAAGACUUAAUAGUACAAAUUGUCUUAAUAAAAAUUAAUCAGAUGCUUUUAAUUAUUGUUAAAGUAGACUUGAUUAUGUAUUUGAUAUUCAUGGAGUUUUAAUGUCUUCAUAAUAGGAAGAUUUAUAUAUUUAUUUAUGUGUUGUUGCUUUUUCAAUAGUUGUAGGAUUGUUCUUAGCUAUAUUUUUUAUAAUCAGAAGAUAUCAAAUGAAAAAAGAAAUGAUAUAUAAUUUAAGAAAAAGCAGAAGAAGUUUAUCAUAUUGA